UUCCCCGCGUGUUCUUGAUUGCGCAUGCGUCGCAAACAAAUUGCAUAAAAGUCGCAGAACAAACCGCACUUCAGCAUCUCGGUCGUUCAUUAUGAAGUGUUUCCCAGUGGUGUCUGCUGCUCUCAUUCUCGCAUGGGCCGUUGCGAGUCUGGUCUCCGGACAAGACGACCUCAAAACGGUCUACUUCUCGCUCAUCGUCUCCAAUGGAGAGUACGGGUACCGGUCGUCUGGCGCCGUCCCUUCCAUCGAUUUAGCUCUGGAGGCAGUUCGGGAGCAUGCAGGUUCUCCUGGUUACAAUCUCACGUACGAAACGUCAGGAACUCUAAGGACCAAGGAACAUUCCACGUGUUCUAGUCAACAGCUACUCAUCCAAAUUUGCAGACCUAUUAUUUGUGAGGCAGCUAAGAGGAACCUUGUGUACCCACACUACGGCUGGAUCAUGUACACCUGGUACCCCGAGAGGUGGUGGACUGAGGAGGUGGCGGGAGAACACAUCGACGAGUGUAGUGACGAGGAAAUGGAGGAGUUUCUCGUGCGGGCACAACCCCUCCUAAUUAACCUCGUCCCGGAGCCCGACGACUACAACCUGCAGACAGUUGCCGGAUUUUCAUCCCGAGAGUUUAUUGGCAAUUACACCACGCGAUUAUGGCCAGAGUCCAACUACAAUCACAGCUCAAUCUUCCUGAUGGCCUUCGAUGCGCUGUGGUCCAUGGCCCAGAUGCUCAACUACACCGAAGAGAUGAGACUAAGAGACCUGCCCAGGAACCACUCUGAUUUCGACGAGUGUCGUCAUUUGGAUGGCAGUCUUGUCCCCCUGGACGAGUUCAACUACACCAAUGCCUUCAUGGGUUGCAUGAUGAGAGACAACUAUUACAAGGUCGACUUUACAGGAGUCUCUGGUCUAGUGAGAUAUAGUGAGGAUGGCACCAUCAUCUAUACACGGAUCAGACUGGCACAGUGGAGAAGAGUAAACGUUGCGCUUGACACGGUACGAUUUGGUUACCUGGACGGAGACUCUAAUUUCUCUCUCGUGUAUGACCCUGGAGAGAGCGACCAGACACUCUACUCAGAGGGUUACCCACCAGACGGAACGCCAGUGGCCAUCACGAACACCUACCACACAGUUCUGGUUGUCUUCUACUAUUUCCUGGCGUGGUCGGAAUCACCCUCUCCAUCGUCUGCCCGUAUUCAACUUUGCCUACCGCAAGAAAAAAUUCUGAAGGCGUGGCACCUGAUGUGUGUAGUGGGAACCAUCACUGGGUUUGGAGUCCUGCUGAUCGUGGCCAAGACAAUUGCCCAGGCACUGACAUCUCCUCAGCUGGUGGAUGAUAGUGAGCACUCCCCAGGACUCACUAGUCCUCAGUUCUGGAGGAGUACAGUGUGUGGGCAGUGCUACGAGUCAGGCUCCAUCCCGUUUGUCCUGGACCUCCUCAUCUUUGUCUACCUCGGUCUCCUCCAGCUGGUCGGCAUCAUCCUCGCCUUCCAGACCCGCAAAGUCAGGAUCCCCAUUCUGAACGACUCCAAGUCCGUCACGGCUCUCAUAUACAUCUCCAGUAUAGUACUGGUGGUGAUAGUGCUCAUCACCUUCAUUCUGAGGGGCUACAUCAACAUCUGUGCUGCUAUAUUCUCGGCGGGGUCAUCCUACUCGCCACUUUCUUUCUCGCCUCAGUUUCAUUCCAAAGGCCUGAACCUCUACCGCGACCCGACGGGAGACAAGAUAUUCAGUGAGAUGCACCCCACACGACAGUCGCAGCGCUCACAGCUCAAAGAUCACCAAAACAGCAUGGCGGCCAGCAUGGCUGAGUUGAAAGAUGAAGAGAAGGUUGUCCUUCUCAACUCUCACCUGGCCAACCUCAAUGAGACUCUGAAAGACAAGAGCAGGCGAAUAGCAGAGCUCGAAUCCAUCCUCAAAUCCUCUACUUAGCUGUAAAAUAACUACCGAAGCUGCCGGCGUAUAUGGACCAAUGCUGAGCCGAUGCACUUUUCUAUUGCUGCCAAUGUUUCUCUUAGUGUUUUAGAGCAUAAUAGUAAUUAUAUACACUCCUAAGAUCCUAAGUUUAUUAAUGCUUGAAGCAUCCACUAGCAACAUGUGUGUCAAUUAUUCCAUCCACCUCCUACAUAUUGUUAUACAGACACUUUUAUUGAAAACGAGAUGAGCAAUGUCAAAAUGAAGUGGUCUUGAUAAUCCACAGACUCCUAGCACUUUCUGAGUCACGCAUGUUGCCACCUAUAGGUGUUUUGAUUUGCAUGAAUUGUAAUAACAACCCGCCC